UGAAAACACAAAAGCACAUUUGCAUGUAUUUUAUUUUUUUACAACAAAUACAACAAACUAAUAUCAUAAAUAUUCGUGUAAUAAAUAUUUAAGUAAUUACUCUUGUUAAAGACUAAUUAUAAGUAAAAACAAAUAAAAAAAUAAAUAAAAGAGAUGCUGUCAAAAUCAAACUUUCAAAAUUAUCCAGAAGAAGAUGAUGAAGAAAUAACCGAAAUUAUUCCCGAUGAUGACAUCACUCCAAUGAUGGAAUAUUUGUCAUCUAGUCCUUCCUCAUCUGCGUCUUAUGAUUCCGAUUAUUCUCUCAAUGAUAUCAGUAGCAAUAAUAAUAAUAUUAAUUACAGUAGUAAUAAUAAUCAUCUAAAUAACAACAACAACAAUAAUAAUAAUAAUUACUAUAAUUAUAAUUACAACAACAACAACAACAAUAAUGAUGAGCAAAUGGACCAAAGUAAUCAAAGUGAAAGUGAAAUAAUCGAAAUGAUUAAAAAUUUCGGUGAAGAAAUAAAAGGACUUUUAGAAAAACGUAAAAAGUUAGUCAAGCUUUUAGAAGAAAAAAUAAAAAAUGAUCCUAGAAUAAAUAAUUGUCCUAAUAAAUAAUUAAUUAAUUAAUCCAUAAAAUUUAAAAAUAAUAUUUAUUUAAUUAUUAAAUAUCUUAAACAACGAUUGUAAUUUUUUACUUUAAUAAAGCUCAAAUUAUAAGAUUGUAA